AUGUAUUUCUUCCUAGGGAAUCUGUCUUUCUUAGAGAUCUGGUAUGUUUCUGUCAUUGAGCCAAAGAUGCUUAUAGACAUCCUCUCUCAGACAAAUAUCUCAUUCCAGGGGUGCAUAACACAGUUGUAUUUCUUUGUGACUUUCGUUUGUACUGAGUAUAUUCUGUUAGCUGUUAUGGCCUAUGACUGUUUCUUGGCCAUAUGCAAACCUCUCAGAUACUCACUCGUCAUGAAUCAUCAGUUUUGUGCUCAGUUGAUAGCUGGUUGUUGGAUGUGUGGUUUGACCACUUCUUCUAUCAAGCUGAGCUUUAUAGCCCAGCUCUCGUUCUGUGAUGUAGGUGAAAUCAAUCAUUAUUUCUGUGAUAUUUCACCCUUACUGAAUAUCUCCUGCAGUGAUUCCUCUUUGGCUGAGCUAGUGGACUUCAUCUUGGCUCUGAUGGUCAUCAUGGUACCUCUUUGCACUGUGGUGACCUCCUAUACUUGCAUCAUGUUCACUGUGUUGAAGAUCCCUUCUCAGGGGAGGCAAAAGGCCUUUUCCACCUGCAGCUCCCAUUUGACUGUAGUGUUAUUGUUCUACUCCACCACUCUUUUCACUUAUGCCCAUCCUAAGCUUGUGCAUACCUACAGUGCUAACAAGUUGGUAUCAGUCCUGUACACAGUAGUUGUGCCACUCCUGAAUCCUCUUAUAUAUUGUUUUAGAAACAAGGAAGUCUGGUUUGCUCUGGGAAAGACCUUUACUUGCACAAGACAUCUGAGAAAUCAAAUACAGACUCCUGGAGAAGGGGCUUUUUUUGUGGAGAUCAACUGGCAGUGCUGA